CCGCAUUCCGACCACCUUGUUCCAGCAACGAUAUGUCAAGUCAAACGAAAGAUACACCUCCAGGCCUAGCAAGGCAGAACUCUUCAUUCUCAAAUCUCAUGACUCUCAAUCUCGAUCGCUAUGGCGAGGACUGGGCGGGCGCACUUACCCUUCUCGAUGUGAUCGAAACUUUUUUCGAUUCAAGGCUAGAUCUUUUCAAUCGGAGACUCAGAGCCCAAUCUAAUAGGCUGAAAUCUCGGGCAGCAGAGAUGUUGCCCAAGCAGCUACGUACGCCAAAGGGAGGUGGUAUACUCUUGUUGGAUGACGAAGACGAAGAUGAGAGCAAAGAAACUGGAAAGAAUAAAAGUAGAAGCGAGAAGUACAAGAAUGAUGUGGAGAGAGAAGUGGAAAGGAUCAAGAUCAAGUUAGCCGCUAAGGUCACUCAUCUGUCAGGGACAUGGAAAUCAGAGCAAGUGGUACGAACUAAGGACAAAGUUUCUUUCCUUUUCGGUGUGCUCGCUCUUGCCUUUACAUGUUUACUGUAUGGAAUGGCUCCUGAGUGGUUCCCGGUUGCCUAUACUGUCCAAGCCGCUUUCUACAUGCCCAUUCGAAUCUAUACCUAUCACCGUAAAGCGUGGCAUUAUUUCUUGUUUGACUUAUGCUACUUUGUAAACGCCCUUGACCUCCUGUGGAUCUGGGUUUUCCCCUCUUCUACUUUUCUUUUCAUCUGCUGCUACCUCUUGACUCUCGGACCUCUGGCUAGCGCCAUCAUCACAUGGCGAAACUCACUCGUUUUCCACUCGCUCGACAAGGUCACUUCUAUCUUCAUCCAUAUCUAUCCCCCUAUUGUACUCACAGUCAUUCGACAUGUGAUACCCAAUGCCGAGGAGAAGUACUCUGGAUUGAAGCAUGUGGGAGAGUACAAGUGGUACACUAUGAUCUUGUUGAGCAGUGUGCCUUACAUUUUGUGGCAGGCCGCUUAUUACAAGUUUAUCUCCGUUGAUCGAAAGUCCAAGAUUGAAUCAGGAGAAAGACAGAAUAGCUUCCACUACAUGCUCAACGACAAACGUGGUCCCAUCGGCAAAGCCCUGCAAGGCAUCCGUCCUGAACAUCGCGAAUUAUGGUUCAUCUUCGGUCAACUCAUCUAUUCUAUCAUCUUCAUGAUCCCGCCAUCAACCUUCCUUAUCCACUCUCCCACUUCAUCAAGCAUCUUUCUCAUCAUUAUCUUUACCGUCUCUGCUUGGAACGGAGCCACUUUCUACGUAGAGGUCUUUGGAAGGAAGUUUGAAAGGGAAUUAGAGAAGCUGAGGAAGGAGAUGGAAGUUGUCAGUGCGACGAUGACGCCCUCUACCAGUGGGACUGGCACAUCACCAGCUGUUGAAGAUGCUGCUGCCUCUUCUCCUCUAUCCUCUGCAGAGCAACUCAAUGACGAGGAGGAUGAUCUGAACGACAGUCCUCUGGUUUUGCCUGAUGCAGGAAAGAUAGAAGCCUCGAAAGAGGCGCAAGUACCUGAUUUAAAUCUGGGGAAAGCGGUUGAGGAAGUCGAUAGUGAGCUCGAGGGUCAGGCAACAAUCAGACAAAGGAAGAACGUCUAGAGUAGUGGGCCGCAGACUCAUUCUGAGGAAGAACCUUUGGUGGAUGUUUCAGAAUUUAGGAUUUGGAAAUGGGUAGAGCGAAAAGCUCUGAAUUUCGGUUUUUAUACAGUUUGCUUACUACCAAGAUCAUGUCUAUGGUUUACAUGUCAGCACUUCUUCUUUCUCAAUUAAGCUGGAUCCCAUGUUCGUCGAAUAUCUCUUCAACUCUACUAAAGCAAAAACGUCGUGUACUAUGAACCAAAAUGUACAUUGUCA